AUGAACAGUUUGCUAGAUGUGCUGGCCAUCAAAGAAUGCCAUACUGCUGAAGUGAAAUGUGCAAACUGCGACAAAAGUAGCAGACACAGUUCGUACUGUUUUCAGUGCUGUGCGUUCUGGUGUGACGAGUGUAUCAUUGCGCAUAACUUAAUCAAAGCGAAUAAAGAGCAUCGAGUUCUUGCCCUGAAAGAUUUUGAAGAUCAAGACAUCGAGGACGUGUUAAAGCGGCCGGUAUUUUGCCAACAGAAGCAUCACGAAAAAGAAGAACUCAAGUUCUUUUGCAACAACUGUGACGUUGCCAUUUGUAAUUUGUGUGUUGCAACCAUCCAUGAUGGUCACGCUAAGAUUGUUCUAGAAGAAGCAGCAAGUGAACGCAAGACACAAGUCAAGUCUUUGAUCGAGACACGAAAGAAAAAUAUUGAACACAAGAAAAACGUAAUCGCUGAUCUUGAAAGACAGUGUAAACAAAUUGAAGCGCGAGGCAAUGCAGUGAAACGAGAUAUCCACAAGUUUGCUGAGAACAUGAUCUCACUCAUUGAAACAAAGAAGAAGGAAAUGUUAAACAAAGCUGAUAAACAAAUUAGAGAAUCCCUUGGAUGUGUGCGAACUCAACAAUGUGAGGUCAACCGUCGAGUCAAACUGCUUGAAACAGCAGUCGAAAAAACGGAAACACUUUUAAAACGAUAUACAAAUGCCGAGAUUGCACAGACAGAUAAGUCACUGAAUAUGCUCUUACCUGAUGAUGUCAGAGAUGUUGGAAAACAAGCCGCAUCUGACCUUGAAGGUCUUCGUCAAUUCCGUUUUAAAGAAAACAAAACAUUACUUGACAGUCUUCACUCUGACGGCAUCGGCUCAUUUCAAACUUUUGUGACAAACACUUGCGCUCAUCAGUCAACCGCCGAAGGGAAAGGAAUCAGUGAGGCGAGAGUUGGACUUGAAUUAAACUUUCUAUUAACAACAAGAAAUGCCGAAGGAGAACAAUGUUACAAUCAGCGUGACUGUGUAAACGUGGAAAUAAAAAAUCAGCAAGGCCAUGACUGUGCGACGGAAGUGCGACUCAAAGAUGAGAAAGAUGGCAGCCAUAAAGUCAGAUAUUUCCUCAAAGAUACAGGAAAAUGCCAAGUAUCAGUGAAAGUAAAUGAAGAACACAUUCGUGGUAGUCCAUUUCCUCUUAAACCGAAACUCAGACAGUUCAGACACGUGUUAUCUUUUGGACAACAAGGCUCGUCCGUUGGAAUGCUAUGCCAUCCAUAUGGUGUGGCAGUGAAUGAACGAGAUGAAAUUGCAGUGACUGAAAUUAGUAACCACAGGGUUCAGGUAUUCAGUAGUGAUGGAACUUACUUAAGAUCUUUUGGUAGAAAGGGUGAUAAACAAGGAGAGUUAAAUUGGCCUACUGGGAUAGCAUUUGAUAAAAAUAAACGCAGUAUAGUAGUAGACAGUAAUAACAACCGAGUUCAAUUGUUUAAUGAGCAGGGUGAGUACCUGAGCCAGUUUGGUGGUAAAGGAAAUCUUGAUCACCAGCUGAGGGAUCCUUUGGGGUUAUCUGUCGACAGGAAUGAAAAUAUCAUUGUUGCCGAUAAGGGCAACAAAGUUAUAAAAACCUUUUCUCCCAGUGGCCAGUUUUUGUAUAAACUUGGUGAAGGUGAAGGUGAAGGUGAGGGUUUUAAUUCUCCUUUUCACUGUAUUCAAUAUGACAAAUAUCUAAUAGUGUCAGACGGUGGUGAAAAUUGUAUCAAAGUGUUUGAUAUAAAUGGCAACUUUUUGUACAAAUUUGGAAAUAAGGGGGAAAUGGACGGGGAGUUAAACUCACCUGGUUUUUUGUCAGUUAACAAGGCAGGGCACCUGAUGGUCUGUGACACAAACAAUCACAGAGUUCAGGUAUUUGAACUGAGUGGUAGGUUUGUAACAAAGUUUGGAAAAAUAGGGAGUGGGCCAGGAAAGUUCAAGGGUCCAAUAUCUACAGCAGUUCUUAGUGAUGGUAGGAUAGUUGUAGCUGAUUGGUCGAACAAUCGCAUUCAGAUAUUUGAGUAAAUGUGGAUCAUUUAUCUACCAUUACAUUCAGACUACAACUUACUUCUAAAAAAAAUUGUUUUCAACUAAUCUUCAAAUCAUUUCUCGGAUGAGCUUUUCGUCGUAGUCUCAGUGAAAAGAACAUUGUAGAACUUUGAGUCAGUGGAUUCCAUUUUGUUCAUUGUAUAGUUACAAGUUCGCGCGUUAGGUUUUUCAUCACAAAAGAGAAAAUAAUAUCCCACUUUUUUUCUCUUGCUCACGGUAAACCUAAGAAAAGUGUUUUCUUAGCUUGAUUGUUUUACUUAAAUAAAUGGAAAUUAAUUAAAUGUAGAUUAAAAUGACACGUUUUGAACUUUCAGAGAGAGGCCAUUAGAAAAACAAUAAGUUAACUGCAAACUGGUUAUUGCCAUUUUCAAUCGAAUUCGCGAAGAUUUAAUUUACAAAUUGUCUUUGUUGCUUUUGUCGUUUUUCCAUGAGCUCAGAUGGACAACACCUUCUUUUUCCUCUGUUGUUGGCUAUUCACUUUUCUAAUGGCUCGUCCUUCAGUUCACUUGUUAUAAACGAAUAAUGCUGGUGUAUCUGUGUAGAGUUAUAGGAAACUGCACGUCAAAGUGCAGUUUCAUGUAACUCUACACAGAUACACCAGCAUUGAAUAAUGUUUGCGACGUGAUUGUUUUAUUCAUGUAAAUCUUGCAGUAUUCGCCGAAAAAACGAUAACUUAUAAGGCGGUACGUCACGGGUUUUCGGUUUUAGGGUUUUCUCUCUGUUUCGAUUCGCGUGAAAGGAUCCUACCAUUGUAAUCUUUAGAUUCUAGUUUUUUAGGGAAGGCAAAAAAAAAAGGUGAAAAAUUAUUAUGAUAGUGUAUUCAUUAUUGGAAAAGAAACAAAAAUUCAUUAAAAUUGUCAAAGAGCAAAGGAAAUGUAAAUCUGUUCCAAUGUGUUCAAUUAUCGCAGUAGUACUGUACUGUACAUAACUUGACUGUUAAGUUUGAUAAGAAUUCUCUGAGGUAGCAGCCAAGCUCAAAGAAUUACUCGGAUAUUGCCGAUUACAUUGCAAGCUCGACACAUAAUCAAAAUCCACGGCCAUAUGUUGAAUAAACAAGCCACCUUCGCUUGGAGCUAACGGCCUCUUUGAAUUUUCAUGCGGAAGAUGCCGCGAUAGGACAAACUCACCGACGCCCAAUUCUUACUCUUCUCUGAUUUACAUCAGAGGUUUAAGCAGGCAGAUCAGCUUCCUGAAUUUUUCCAGGCAGAUUAUUAGCCAUGGAAAUAGCGAGCGAGGAUCUUUACACCUCUGCAGAGCGCUUUGUUGAGGCCGCUUCAUUCGAUGCGCGCUGAAAUCCACGACUCUAAUCGGGUUUAAAUUCGUUCCAAGCGAAUAAACACUUUAUAUUCUCUUGUCCGUUCUUUAACUGAUGUCACCCCUAACUGAUAUACUGUUUAUCCUUCUUACAAUCUAGGAUUUCGUAUGCAUAAUAAGACACUUUUUACUGGUAACUAACUUCUUGCAUCCUUGUCAGUUAUCUUCCCAUUGACUUUCCAAAGCAAGGGAAAUGUCACUACCGAGUUCUCCAUUGUAAGGAAUCAGAAUUGUUCCGCACUCUUUAUAAGGUAGUUGUUCACUUUUCGCUCUCAAUAACAUCUUCCCUUUUGACGAGUGUUUUAUUCAGUCAGUCAAGAGCAGUUCACUGAAGGAUUGAAUGUCAAAAUUUGUUUCAUUUAACGUCAUCAGUUAAUCGCACAGAAUGUUGUCAAAGGUCUGUCAGCCUAGAGAAUAAUCUCAUAUGUGACUCGUCUGAUAUUUUUCCAAGUCACAUAUACUAUCUGUCAUCACUCCUACAUUAACACCCCAAGGGAUCGUGUCAUUCGUUAAAAGCUGGUUUUGAAUUAUAGUCUGACCUCAUUCCUGGGUCGUUUUUAAUAUCUCGUUCGAUUUCUGUAGUGAUUUUCAGUGCACCUUUACUGACUGAAUUUUGUAUUUGCAUUUUUGACCAAACCAAUGGCGGGUUGAACAAGGCCUUUCCAUGGUAACCGACUUUACAAGGAACAGCGAUGAACAAAUCCCCUAAAAUAGUCUCUUAACGUACUGUCUGAAUGUUAUCUCGAGUCUUAUGAUUAAAUUCAGGUUUUAUCACGCCCUUUUCUUUUCAAUGGAAGAUGCAAGGGCCCUUAAAACUGGUUCAAGUAAAAACAUUUCAACUAUCAGUGACUGUAACAGCAUACUCACCCCUGUGUUUAAGGGUAAUUUAUUUCCCUCUGUGGUCAAAGAGAAAAUAUAAGUUCAUUAAUAUUUUUGAAAAUCUUUGAUGAUCUCUAAAAACAGAAUUUGUUUAACAGAUCUCAAAACAAUACUCGAAAAUUGCAAGUUCAGUUUGCGUUCAAUUCUAAACUAAACUCCUUUAAGCUUCACUUUAUUGUUCGCAACUCAGGAAAAUGAUUUCGUUUCUCUUCCAUUUGUGUAGGAGAUUUUCAGACCCCGCAACAGAAACCGCGUCUUUAUCGUACCUCUUUCCCUUAUUAUCUUAAACUCUCUACAGAGGCAAGAUUUUACAAACAUUCUCUUCGGUAGAAAAACUCUUCGAAGCUCGACACGUAAUCAAAAUGCUCGGCCAUAUCUUGAAAAACUAGAAAGUCAACUGAAAGGUGGCGGGUUUCUACCAUUAUGGCAAACACGCAGACGCCCAAUUCCACUUUCUCUCCAGACUACAUCCACAAUUUUAAUCAGGUGGACAGGUUUACUCCAUCAAUUUUACCGGCCAAUUAAUCCCCUUAGCGUAACAAUUGAGGAUCCUUUCACUUUUUCCGAGCGCCUUCUUGAGGUCCAAUCUUUCAUUACGUGCAGAAAUCCACGUUGCAUGUUCAUUCUGACGACAAAAGCAGUUUCUAUCAGAGUUUAUGAUCUGAAACAUCCCACCAUCUUUCCCUCGUUUCGAAAAAGUUUCUUUCCCGUCAGUGUUUUCUACAUCCACUGAAUUCUUAUACGCAUGCUCCCAUUUGAUUCACCUUCUCUCUGCAGGCGAUGUCACCCUCAACUUUUUACCCCCCUCAUAAUCUAGGAUUUUUCCUCCAAGACACACUCCUUAAGGGUUUACUACAGUCAGGUCAUGUUUAUGAGCUCAUAUUGGUCAUUCUAUUUUUGAAGCAAAAAGAAACAGUAGUGUGACUAGCAAGGGUUUUUCAAUGAAAAUUGAUAUGAAAGAUUUAGUUUUUUUACUGAAGUAUGUUUCGUGUUUGAGUUUCGUAAUCCUUUAAUUUGGGGUCGUUACAGGUCAAGCUUUUCUCAGAAAUGACCUACCUGUUAACAACUCUUAGAACCCAAACAUCCGCAGCAUGUAUAACCUGCCUCGACUGGUCGAUAUCACUGAUGCGAUAAGUAUGAUAAUUGAUAUCAAAAAGCUUCGCUUGGGGCGACUUGAAGUUGAUAUCUCUACCUUAGUCGGUUGUACUCAAUCAUGGAUAUAAAAACCUUGCUUGACAAUCUUCAUGAAGAAGUAUCCUGUUCUGUGUGUAUGACCACAUUUACUGAUCCAAAGAUACUGCCAUGUUUGCACACUUUCUGUCUUCACUGCUUAAACGGUAUUUUACGAACAAGUGGCCGCCAUGAUAUCUUCGCAUGCCCUGAAUGCCGAAAAGAAGUUCAAGUUCCUAGCAGUGGAAACCUCAACGAUUUGCCAACAAACUUCUGUAUCAACAGUUUGCUAGAUGUGCUUGCCAUCAAAGAAUGCCAUACAGCUGGAGUGAAAUGUGCAAACUGCGACAAAAGUAGCAGACACAGUUCGUACUGUUUUCAGUGCUGUGCGUUCUGGUGUGAAGAGUGUAUCAUUGCGCAUAACUUAAUUAAAGCGAAUAAAGAGCAUUGA